AUGGAAGGUGAAAUGCAUAAUGCUGAAGUGCAAGGACCGUGUAAUGAACACCAGACAACAACUGAAGAAAAAAUUGCUUCACAAUGUGAAGUAGGACAGCAAAUUUACCUAAGGGCUGAGAUUAAUCAACUGCAUCACCAAAUUGUUCAAUCUGCCACCGAGCGCAUAAUUCAGUUUUGUUCCAAAGUCUUACAGCAACUAAUUGACUCUGAUGUAGUUCAUUGUCAAGUCUUGUUUUUAGCAUCUACUAGUGAACGUGUACAUCAGAUUAAGAACGUCAUGCAAGCACUUGGAGGCGGACAUGGAGUAAAGAUUCAUGCUUGUGUAGAUGGUAAUAGCAUUGAGGAGGAUAAACACAUUCUAUCAGCUGGUGUUCAUCUUGUUGUUGGUACACCCUCGCGUGUGUCUGACCUUUUUCGCACACAAAAUCAAGCUCUUCAUUCCGAUCAUGUUAGAAUGUUUGUGCUAGACGAGCCUGAUGAAAUGCUCUCAAAGGGAUUUGAUCGCCAGAUACAUGACAUUUUGCCGCGUUUGCCUGGGAAUGUUGAAGUAGUAGCGCUUUAUCCAACCAUGCCGGAAGAUGCCCUUGAAAUCGCGAGGAAGUUGAUGAAUAAGUCGGUGACAAUGAACUUGUGGCAGUCCAUAGUCUUUUGGUGA